GAAGGAGCAAUGAGGGACUUUAAAGAUAUUAAUGAAGAUAGUACUAAAUUUGAAGUUAACGUCGAUGAAAUGGUGACGCAAUUAAAUACUGAUCAAAAACGAAUCUUUGAUAGAAUUACUGCUGCUAUAUCUGAUGAUAAUAAUGAAGUUCUUAGACUUUAUGUUAGCGGUGAAGGUGGUACUGGAAAGAGUUUUUUAAUCAAAACUAUUAGAUGUUGGAUUAAAAAAUAUAUUGGAGACAAAGACACAGCGGUAACUGCACCAACCGGUAUAGCAGCUUUUAAUAUUGAUGGACUUACUAUUCAUAGAUUAUUUCAAUUGCCAGUAGAACAUGGCCGUACUGCUAAAUAUAAACAACUCUCUGAUAUAGCCCUUAAAGUUAUACGGGACGAACUUAAGAAUGUUGUUUUAAUAAUUAUCGAUGAAGUUUCAAUGAUUUCAAAUAUUACAUUAAUGUACAUUCAUCUUCGACUAACAGAGAUAUUUAAUACCAUGGAUUGUGAUAAUGGAUGGUUCGGCAAAAAACAUAUACUUCUUUUUAGAGAUUUAUUACAACUUCCACCUGUACAUGAAGGUCUGCCUUUUAUUGAAUUAUCCAAAUUAAAAAUGCAGAAGUAUAUUGAUGCAAUGGGCUCUGUAAAUUUAUGGUCUUUAUUCAGUUAUGAUGAAUUACAAAUUAAUGUGCGACAACAAGGCGAUGACUCUUAUCGAGAUAUAUUAACGAGAAUUCGAGUUGGAACACUAAUUGAUUCGGAUGUAAUUAUUUUAGAAACGAGAAAAAUGAAGUUUAGAGAAACUAAUUGUGACAACCGAUUACAAGAAUUAUGUAAUUACUUACAAAAUUUACCAAUGGAUACAGUUUGUUUACUUCCAACUUGUGCAUUAUGUGAUAUUUUGAAUAUUGCAAUGUUAGAUCGUAUUUCUUCGGAUAAGAUAGAACUCGUUGCUCAAGAUCUGGCCGAAUGUGCAUCAUAUUUAAAAAAAAAGUGAUGAAGAUAUUGAAUAAAGAUGGUAACGAUGAAGAUAGUUCUCGAACAGCUGGAUUAGCAAGAAUCAUAACU